UACCAAUUCCCAUCAAAUUAAACACACUAAUUCAUCAUUCAAUUAACUAAUUCCAAAACCCUAAUUCUAAGUUCUUCUACAAUGGCUUCUAAAGCAGCUGCCCUAAUUUUUAUCCUUUCGAAUAUUCUCUUCUUUGCAAUGGUGGCCUCAUCAUCAGAUCUUUCAACUGAGUGCCUAAGCUGCACCAAGCCAGUCAAUCCCGAUCACCAUCACGGCAGCCAUGGCGGCGGCGGCAAGUGCCAGACUCUAAACUUGGGUGUGUGUGCCAAUGUGCUGAACCUGGUGAAAUUGAAGAUUGGAAAACCUCCAAAGGAGCCUUGCUGCAGCCUGAUCCCUGGCGUGCUCGAUCUCGAGGCUGCCCUCUGCCUCUGCACCAACAUCAAACUCGACGUCUUGAACCUUGUUAAGCUCAACCUACCACUCUCACUCGAAUUGCUCGUGGCCCUCUGUGACAUUAAGCUUCCCAAAGGCUUCAAAUGCCCAUCUUAAUUGGAGAUUUCGAUCAAUCUACCUCGAUGUUUUGCAAUAUCUAUUUUACUUUUUUGGUUGUUUGUUGGUUUAUUCAUUUUAAUCUGGUCUAGGGUUUGUUUGUUGUCGUCGUUAUCUUCGUCGCUAUGUUCUGUAAUAACAUUGCUGGCUGUAUAGAAGGUUUCUGGCCUUCUAGCACAUGAGUCAGUAAUGGAUUUUUAAUUAGCCUUUGCACUUUUUAUUAAAUUGAAUGUUUCUUUAAAUUGAAGGUUUUUCGAAUAAAUAUCUAAUAAAAUAUCUAUUUA